AGUCAUAAGGGUGACGAAAUGGCCCGUUGUAUUAGUAAGUGUUUGCUUGAUUGGAAAUUGGAGAAAGUAAUCACUAUAACCGUAGAUAAUGCUUCUUCUAAUGAUGUCAUGGUGAAAGAGUUACACAAACAAAUGGUUAAUUGGGGAUCUAACAUGAAAUGUGGUAACCAUCUUCACGUGAGAUGUAUGGCUCACAUUUUGAAUCUUAUUGUGCAAGAUGGCAUGAAAGAAGUUGGUCCAUCUAUCAAACGUGUUAGGCAAAUGGUGAAAUAUGUUAGACAAUCUGCCGCAAGGAUUAGAAAAUUUGCGGAAUGUUGUGAACUAAAAAACAUAGACAGUAAGAAGUCAUUAUGUUUAGAUGUUUCGACCCGGUGGAAUUCGACCUACUUGAUGUUGGAUGCCGCACAACAUUUUGAGAGUGCAUUUGAUAGGUUUGAUCUUGAAGAUGGUGGAUAAACAACUUAUCUUGCUACUCAUGUUUGUGAAGAUGGAAGUAUUGCAGGUGUACUUGAAAGCGAUGAUUGGCAAAAGGUGAGAAACUUGGUAAUAUUUCUUAAAAGGUUUUAUGAUCUAACUGAGAAGGUUUCAGGUUCACUUUAUGUCACUUCUAAUGGUCACUUUGAAGAUAUAGUUGAGCUUCACAAUCAUUUAAGAGAGUGUAUGAAAGAUGAUGAUCCUUCUUUGGCAAAAAUGGGAGAAAAAAUGAUAGAAAAGUUUGUCAAGUAUUGGGGUGCUCCUGAAAAAAUGAAUAAGGUGCUUUUUAUUGCCUCUAUCUUAGAUCCUCGUAACAAACUUGAGUAUGUUGGCGCCGCACUUGAGGAUAUGUUUGGAGAUGAAAAGGGGAGUGAAAUAAAAGAUGAAGUGGUGACUUACAUGAAAUCUAUGUUUGAAGAGUAUGUAGCAAAAUUCUCUAAUGCAUCUCGACGCACAUCUUCUCUCUCUGAUUCAUCGGUCGACAUCGGAUUCAUCUAGCUCUAACACUAGCACAAAAUCAGCAAAAGUGAGAAAUAGGAUCCAAAUGAAGAGGAACAAACAAGAUGGUACAAGUUUGGGUGGUAAGUCGGAGUUGGAAAAGUAUCUUAGUGAAGAACUAGAGCCGAAUGAUGAUGAUAAUGAUGAUGGGGAUAGUUUUGAUAUCUUAUCAUGGUGGAAAGCUCAUUCUCCUAAAUAUAAAAUUCUUUCCGAGAUGGCUCGUGAUGUGUUGGAAAUUCCUAUUUCUAGUGUGGCAUCGGAAUGUGCAUUUAGCAUCGGGGGCCGUAUUCUUGAUUCAUUUAGGAGUUCUUUGACUCCGAAAUUGGUCCAAGUUGUUAUUUGUCUUCAAGAUUGGCGUCGAAAUGAGCCUUAUCCCGUAAAUGUUGAAGAAGAUUUUAAUGAUCUUAUGAAACUUGAACUUGAUAUGGUUGAUAGCUCAAAAGAUUCCCUUGUUCUUGAUUUGUAAUCGCAAGAUGCCUCA